AUGGCUGCUUCAAAUUCUCGUUGGGUAAAUAAAAUUGAUAACUUAGUCCAUAAUUAUCCCAAACUGCCAGACUUUCCCUUAGGUAAUGAAAGUCUACCAUUUCAGAUUGGGAAGAACGUUUCAGUGAAGGAGUAUAAUACUUUUCUUGAACGACACGAAUCAACCGGGUACAAAUUUUACUGGAAAAAUAAAAACGUGUACAUUAUUGAAAUGGCAAACCAAGAUCAUGAGGCUGUUAUAUCAUAUCUUCAAGAUUGUUUUAAAGAACCAAAUAAUCGUGUGAAAAUUCAUCCGCCGAUAGAAGUUUAUGGUCAACCAUAUCAUUUUAAACCAAUGGGCAGUGGAGAAAAAAUGGCACCUGAUAUCGCGGUUUGUCCGAGCGAAGCACACGUUUUACGACCAUUAAUUCCUCAUCCUGGUCCUCCUCCCAGUACCACAAAUAGACGUAACCACGCAAGAAUUUUUUGUGAGGUUGCUAAUGCUCAAAAAGUUAGUCUUUGGGAAACAACAUGCGAAACCUGGAUGCACGAAAAAUAUGUGCGAUGUGUAUUCGGUGUUAAGCUUGAUGACACAACAACUUCACAAGUCCAUGCACAUAGAGGAAUGAUAGCCAAGUUAUGGUCGCGUCGAACAUUAGCAGGAAGUGUCUUAUCAACCAACCCAACUCUAGCAGGGGCAGGAGUGCAUAUUAAAACGUGGGAUUUCGGAACUGUACAAUUCAAUACUCAAACACCCACUGGUUGUAAUAGAGUGAAUCUUCCUGCAUAUCGGGUCACUAUUCCGAUAUCGGAUGUUUUCUGGGACCCCCCCAUUGUUCAUGGAAAUGUAAAUGAGACGGGAUAUACUCCAACAGUUCCAACUGGAGUUGUUGGUACCGAUUUUGUCAUUGAUUUAUAUGGAAUUCAACAAUGGGUUUUAA